CCUUGUUAAGGGGUUUUUUUUUUGGUCGUGUGACGUCACCAGCCAGCUGGGAAACAUGGCGGCCGAGAGCGAUGUCCAGUGUGAGAUUGAGGUUCUGGAGUCUAUCUAUCUGGAUGAGUUGACGGUCACACGGAACGAUGAUGGAGGAUGGAGAGUGAGUGUGAUCCUCCACCCCUCCACUGGAGAAGACUGUCUGGCGCAGUUUGUCCGGCUCACGCUCACGCUGGACCUGGAUUCAGAGUACCCGGCGUCUCCUCCCUGCAUCGCCAUCCACCAUCCCAGAGGUCUCUCAGACGACAAGCUGCUCAGUUUACAGCGCAGUCUACACUCGGAAGCUGAGGAGUGUGUGGGGACACCCGUGCUCUAUCAGCUCAUUGAGAAAGCCAAAGAGAUCCUGACCGAGAGCAACAUUCCUCACGGCAGCUGUGUGAUCUGUCUGUACGGCUUUAAGGAGGACGAGGUGUUCACCAAGACGAGCUGCUAUCAUUACUUCCACUCUCACUGUCUGGGCCGCUACAUCACACACUCGGAGGAGGAGCUGAAGGAGCGAGUGAGGGAGCUGGAGGAGGACAAGACCAGAGACGGAGGAGAGGACGAGGAGCUGUGUGUGGUGUGUCCCGUCUGCAGAGAGCCGCUGAUGUACGACGUGAACGCUCUGCUUUCAUCUCCGGUACCCAAAUUCCCUCAGCAGGAGGAUGAAGCAGUCACUGCAGAGUUUAAAAGAAAGUGGGCGGAGCUACAGAAGAUUCUGGAACGUCAGAGAGAAAAAGGAGGAGUCAUCGACCCCGAGGCCGAGUCUAAUCGCUUCCUCAUUCACAUUAACCAUGCCCCCACCGACUCCUCAGACCCCGCCUGUGUCCAUGCUCCAGAUACUGACUCCGCCCAACAGCUGUCUCCUCCUCCUCCACCUCCUCCUGAAUGCUCUAAUCAGAACCCUCAACCUCUUCGAGCGGAGAACAGGCCGUGCCCGUCCCAUCGCCGAGCUCCUCACGCUCCUCACGGCAGGAGACCACAGGUGGAGUUUAGAGGAGGCAGGAGAGACCGAGGAAAAGGAGGAGGUGGACGAGGAGGACAUGCGGUUUCUCCACCUGUGCUGGAGAACCUGGCCAAGCUCAGCAUGUCUGCAGCAGAAAGCAGCAGGAACAGCGGAGCGCCACAAGACACCAGCGAACACGGAGACGGACGUUUAGCCGAAGCGAAAGAGCAGCCGAGACAGGCUUUAGGAGACGAGAGUGUCGAAAUGAGCCGUGAGGAGAUGAAUGAGUCGAAACACGAGCAGCACGUCACGUCAGGCGGCGCUCAAACCGGAGCGAGGGAACGAGGAACGAGGCAGGAUCGAGACAGGGGAAGGAGACACGGACCACGUGGGCCACCGUACAGCCACUGGCACGAGAGAAACGCUCAGUGGGACAACGGUGGGAACGUUCACCAUCACCACCACAGAGGAACGAGAGGACACCGGGGGGGUCACUACAGAGGAAACGGGAAAAGCUGGCAUCAGAGAACCGAGAGCGAGCUCAGGAAGGAAGGAGUUUUCUGACAAUGGGAGGAGGGAGGAGCACACACACCGACCAGCUUCCCUCCCGGCUCUCUCACCUGUACCUGUAUCAUCAACGCUGCUGCGGUCAUAAAAUCCUCCACCUCCUCUGUAAUAAAAUCCUACACCUGCGCGGUAGUGACCCGUGUGUUUAUUUCUGCUCACCUCGCCUCGCCUUGCCUCGCCGCGCCGCAGAACACGCACACAAAGUCCUCAUUCCUCCGGGUUAUUACCCGGUUACGACUGCAUAUUCUGUUAAAUUAAUC